ACUACAAAUUGGGUUCAGUGUAUACUGCUCGGGUGAUGGGUGUAUCAAAAUCUCACAAAUCAACAAUAAAGAUCUUACUCAGGUAACCAAAUACCACCUGUUCCUCAAAAAACUAUGGAAAUAAAAAAUAAAGAAGUGCAUUUGCACAUUAAAAAAGUAUAACACAUACAAUUAUCUAUAGUAUAUAACACUUGAUAAUGGUAACCAAUGACUAUGUUACUGGUUUAUGUAUUUACGAUGCUUUUUUCAUUGUUUUAUAGUAUACUCCACUUAUAAAAAACCAGUUAACUGUAAAACAGCCUCAGGUAGGUCCUUCAGAAGGUAUUUCAGAAGAAGGCACUGUUAUCACAGGAGAUGACAGCUCCUUGUGUGUUACUGCUCCCCGAAGACCUUUCAGUGGGGCAAGAUCCUGACCUUGUGCAGACCAAGGAUGUUCCAAGGGAGGGUUGCAAAUGCCAAGUGAGCUGUCAAUGGUCUACUGCUUAUUGGUAGCUGAGCUGACAAUCGAACUAGCCAAGUCCCCUUUAGUGACCAGAUCCUGGUUUUGAUUGGCACCCAUGAGGGCAAGGAGAGUCCAGCAGGAUCCUACCAGUGAGCAGUGGCCCAGCAGCUCAGGCCAGCUGCAUGGGAGCAGCUUCACUGGGAAGAACAGGUGCUGAUACAGAAGGAGGGGAAGCAGACCUCUGAAGCAUUGAGUGCAAAGGAACAGGAUGCUCACAUUUGCGACACCCAGCAACUCUUAUCCUCUCCAGAAUGUUCUCCAGGGAGAACAAGACUUGACUGAUUCCUCAGAAGAGUGCUGCACCCAUUUUACAAGCGGAUAAGCCAAGUCCUUAGAAGGCCUGGGACUGGUCCAAGGAUGGGUGGCAGGUGAUCUGAAGCCUCUAGGCCCCCAGCCUGAGGUGGCCGGUUCCCUCAAUGGAGCCACUCCAGCUCUGGCAAGGGCAGGUGUGGUGGCGCUGGUGCCUGCUGUGGGAGUACAGUGGGCCUUUGUGCCAGGCGGGCACCACCCCCUGGCUGGCCCCUCCCCAUUCACAGGACAACUCUUACCUGCCCAGCCACCGCCCCAGCCAACAGCUCAGCCGGCUGCUCCUUCCUGGGCUCCACGCCCAGAGCUGCUUCCCGACGGUGCAGCCUGCAAGGCAUCGCAGGGGCCCCGCGCUACUGCCCUGCUCCCUCAACGUCCCAGGUCCCCUCCCCCAGUGCUGAUCAUUAACCAGGAGGCUGUAUAAGGAGCUAGCGGCCCUGGUGAGAGGGAGGGACACAACGCUGCCACCAUGGACAGUAGCACCUGGAGCCCCACGACCACUGCGGUCACCCGGCCUGUUGAGUCCCACGAGCUCAUUCGCAAUGCAGCCGACAUCUCUGUCAUCGUUAUCUACUUCGUGGUGGUGAUGGCCGUCGGACUGUGGGCUAUGUUUUCCACCAAUCGUGGAACUGUUGGAGGCUUCUUCCUGGCAGGCCGAAGUAUGGUGUGGUGGCCGAUUGGAGCCUCCCUCUUCGCUAGUAACAUUGGAAGUGGCCACUUUGUGGGGCUGGCCGGGACCGGAGCAGCUUCAGGCAUCGCCACUGGAGGCUUUGAAUGGAAUGCCCUGGUUUUGGUGGUUGUGCUGGGCUGGCUGUUUGUCCCCAUCUAUAUUAAGGCUGGGGUGGUGACGAUGCCAGAGUACCUGCGAAAGCGGUUUGGAGGCCAGCGGAUCCAGAUCUACCUUUCCAUUCUGUCCCUGCUGCUCUACAUUUUCACCAAGAUCUCGUCCUAUUUCUGCAUUGAGGAGCCAACGGAGUUCAUUGGAAAUCUGUCCUCCACUGUGGUGCAGGUUGAAAACACAAACAGGUUUGUGACGGUUCAGGGAAAGCAGUUCUUAAUACCUGCUGUACUUGCCAACCUAGAGCUGUAG